AUGGCCCCAAAGAAAGCAGCAAGCUCUUCAUCCAAAGACAAAGGUGGUGAUAAGAAAGGAGGUAGCAGUGAAAAAGGUGGUAGCUCUGGCAAGCUCGGAACAUGUAAAGAAGUGAAUGCUCGUCAUAUUUUGUGUGAGAAAAUGGGAAAGGCUGAAGAGGUGAUGAAGAAGCUCCAAGAUGGCUGGCUUUCAAGAGAUGAGAAAGUCCCAGCAUCCGAAUUUGCAAAACUUGCUGAACAAUAUUCUGAUUGCUCUUCAAAGAAUAAAGGAGGUUCUUUGGGAUGGUUCGGAAGAGGUAAAAUGGUUGGGGCAUUCCAAGAUGUUGCCUUCAACACUCCUGUAGGAGAGGUCAGCAAAAUCUUCAAGACCGAGCACGGAUAUCACAUUGUUCUUGUGGAAGGUAGAAGAAAUUAA